CCUAAGCUCUCAGUGGGAACAUGGGAAAGGAUGAAGGUUAACAUCUACCACACACAAUGGGUUAGUGUCUUUAAUCCUAGCUUUAAAAUCUAAGUCCCGGUCAAGCCCAGCAGAACUCUCCAAGGCAUCGUGCACCAUGUCGAAGAGUUCUGGAGGGGACAGAUGGCUAAGUGAGCUUGGCUACAAGCUGGGCCAAACCCUUGGCGAGGGGAGCUAUUCCAAGGUGCGAGUAGCCACCUCAGCCAAGUACAAAGGCCCACUAGCCAUCAAAGUGGUAGACCGGCGACGGGCACCCCCUGACUUUGUACACAAGUUUCUCCCAAGAGAGCUCUCCAUCUUACGGUCAAUUCGUCAUCCAAACAUAGUACGCGUUUUUGAGUUCAUUGAGGUUUGCAACGGGAAACUUUACAUUGUGAUGGAAGCUGCGUCCACCGACCUGCUACAGAUGGUACAACAACUCGGAAAACUCCCCUGUACUCCAGAAGCUCGGGACAUCUUUGCUCAGGUGGUGAGUGCUGUCCGUUACUUGCAUGACCGGAAUUUGGUGCAUCGGGACCUUAAGUGUGAGAACGUGCUGCUCGCUGCAGAUGGCCGCCGAGCAAAGCUGACGGACUUUGGCUUUGGCCGGGAGUCCCGUGGGUAUCCAGACCUCAGCACUACUUACUGUGGAUCUGCUGCCUACGCCUCCCCUGAAGUCCUGCUAGGCAUUCCUUAUGACCCCAAGAAAUAUGACGUGUGGAGCCUGGGUGUUGUGCUGUAUGUGAUGGUAACUGGUUGCAUGCCUUUUGAUGACAGCCACAUCCACAGUAUGCCCCGUCGCCAAAAGAAGGGAGUCUUCUAUCCCGAGGGUCUUCCUAAAUUGCCUGAGCCAUGUACAUCCCUUAUAACCCAACUACUCCAGUUCAGUCCAGCCUCUCGGCCGGGAGUGGGCCAGGUGGCCAAAAACAGUUGGCUGAAAGGGGGGAACCUAAACAGAGACACCUCUUACAGACAGCUCAAGGGUCAACAGCUAGAGUUUUGACCUGGAUAGAGGUUGUGGGGGAUGAACCGAUGGGAGAGCAAUAUUGACGGAGCUACAGGGCAGUCUGGGAUCGGGCAGAAGGACUACGGCCUUUAUCUGGUAGUCAGAAGCUGAAUCAUUGGGUGCACUACUGCAGGAAAACAACACCAUGAAGCUGAAGGAGACUGGAUUAAAAAAACAUUUGGAGACAAAAGAUUGGAUCAGUUACUUAACUGUGAAGGAAAGACACGGGCAAUCGAAUAUGGACAACAUGCUGCAUCUCAAACCACACAGAAAUGGAAAGCAAGGUAGCCUAUGGCAAAAGUAAAGAACUACAACCCUUUACCUUGCCCAAUGACUUGGACUUCCUUGAAGAACCCACAAGCGCUUGCCAACGUGCAGGUGAGGCAAUGAGACAUGCCGGUGAUAAACGUUGCUUGAAGUCUAAUGCACAAAUAAACCCGGAAGCUCCUCUCUA